UUCUUCCACCUCCUAACUCAAAACUUGCCAAACCCUUCACCACACAAAGAAAACGGAGAAGCGUGAAAACUUGAUCAUUUCCCCCACUAGAAACAACACGGUAUGGUUAAUACAAGAAUAAUAUUUGAGGACAGAGAGCAAAGACAAAGUUUGUAGUUAUUAAGUACAAAGAGAGAUCGAGAGAAAGAUCACAUGAUUGAAAAGACAAACAUGACGCCAAUAAUCAGCAAAAUGUACUGUUCAUCGUCUCAAACGGUGCUUGUGGUGAGGAGGAGGCCCAACGUGGUGAAUGGAGGGGGUUUUGUAGUGAUGGAUUGUAGUGCCCAAAGGGUUGUGUUCAGGGUUGAUGGGUGUGGGGUUCGUGGCACAAAGGGAGAGUUGAUUCUAAGAGAAGAAGAUGGAGACGCUAUAAUUCUCAUGCGUCGAAAGGGAGGCAUGGUUGAGGCCCUUAGCUUUUACAAGAAGUGGAAAGGUUACAGUUUAGACUUCGAAGGAUCAAAGAAACUGGUUUUCAGCUUGAAAGAACCCAAUUCUUGUUUGGUUAAGAACAAUGCAAUUAGAAUAUCCACUAAACCGAGGACCAGUCGUAACAGAGGUUGGGACUUUAAGAUCAGCGGCUAUUUCCCGGAUAAGUGUUGUAGCAUUGUUGACUCCGGAGGCAAUGAGGUAGCCCAGGUUGUGAUGAAGAAGGAAGUGGAGGUGUUGAUGGAAAGCAAGGAUUUGUACCAUGUGGUGGUGAAACCGGGGAUGGAUCAAGCUUUGGUUUUUGGAGUCAUUGCUAUUCUUGACUACAUUUAUGGCGAAUCUACCAACUGCUAAAUCAGAAACUCAUCAGAGAAUGCUCUGAAUUUUGUCAUUUUUUGGGUUGUAUGUAGGAUUGAUUACUUUCACCUAUCACUCAGAGGUGC